AGCCGGGUGCGCAGCUCGCGGCGGCUGGAGCGCCUUGGAGCCCGCGGAACGGGAUUGGGGCGCGGCCGCAGGCUCCGCCCGUCCGCCCGCCCCGCCCGGGGUUGGGAGAGCGAAAUGUCAUCAGUGGACUCGCACCAGGAACAGCUGUCUCAGUCAGAUCCGUCCCCAUCACCAAACUCCUGCAGCUCCUUUGAGCUCAUAGACAUGGAUGGUAACAGCUUGUAUGAACCCGUUUCUCCACAUUGGUUUUAUUGUAAGGUAAUAGAUUCUAAGGAGAUAUGGAUUCCUUUCAACUCUGAGGAUUCACAACAGCUGGAAGAGGCACAUGGCUCUGGAAAGGAUUGUAAUGAGAGAGUUGUUCCCACGGACGGGGGCAGAUACGAUGUUCAUUUAGGGGAAAGGAUGCGCUAUGCUGUGUACUGGGAUGAACUACCCUCAGAAGUGAGACGAUGUACAUGGUUUUACAAGGGGGACAAAGACAAUAAAUAUAUUCCCUACUCGGAGAGCUUCAGCCAAGUUUUGGAGGAAACAUACAUGCUUGCUGUAACUCUGGAUGAAUGGAAAAAGAAACUAGAAUCUCCAAACAGAGAAAUUAUCGUCUUACACAAUCCAAAGCUCAUGGUGCAUUACCAGCCAGUCGCAGGGUCUGAUGAGUGGGGCUCAACGUCCACUGAGCAAGGUCGACCAAGAUCAGUAAAGAGAGGAGUUGAGAGUAUCCCUGUUGAUAUCCACUGUGGGGAGCCUUUACAAAUAGAUCACUUAGUGUUUGUAGUCCAUGGGAUUGGACCAGCUUGUGAUCUCCGUUUUCGAAGCAUUGUUCAGUGUGUUAAUGAUUUUCGAAGUGUUUCCUUGAACCUGCUACAGACACAUUUUAAGAAAGCCCAAGAAAAUCAGCAGAUUGGAAGGGUAGAAUUUCUUCCAGUCAACUGGCACAGUCCUUUGCAUUCUACUGGAGUAGAUAUAGAUCUGCAGAGGAUAACCUUGCCCAGCAUUAAUCGCCUCAGACACUUCACUAAUGAUACAAUUCUGGAUGUCUUCUUCUACAAUAGCCCCACCUACUGUCAGACUAUUGUGGACACAGUAGCUUCUGAGAUGAACCGAAUAUAUACACUUUUUCUACAGAGGAACCCUGAUUUCAAAGGGGGUGUAUCCAUUGCUGGUCAUAGUUUAGGUUCGCUUAUAUUGUUUGAUAUCCUAACAAAUCAGAAAGAUUCUUUUGGGAAUAUUGACAGUGAAAAGGGGUCACUAAGUACUGUUGAGGACCGAGGAGAUGCAGCGACAUUAGAAGAAGAUCUGAAGAAGCUUCAGCUCUCCGAGUUCUUCACUGUCCUCGAGAAGGAGAAAGUUGAUAAAGCCGCUCUGGCUUUAUGUACAGACAGAGAUCUUCAGGAAAUGGGAAUUCCCUUAGGACCAAGAAAGAAGAUACUAAACCAUUUCAAAGCCACAAAAAGCUCAAUGAGUAUUAAUAGACCAGCUACAUCAGCUUCAGAAGAAAAUCUCCCCAAGGAAAAUGGUGACUAUGUAGAUGUUGGCAUUGGGCAGGUGUCUGUAAAAUACCCCCGGCUCAACUACAAACCAGAAAUAUUCUUUGCAUUUGGAUCUCCCAUUGGAAUGUUUCUUACUGUCCGAGGAUUAAGAAGAAUUGAUCCUAAUUAUAAAUUUCCCACAUGCAAAGGUUUCUUCAAUAUUUACCAUCCUUUUGACCCUGUGGCAUAUAGGAUUGAACCAAUGGUGGCCCCAGGCAUAGAGUUUGAACCAAUGCUGAUUCCACACCAUAAAGGAAGGAAGCGGAUGCACUUGGAGCUGAGAGAGGGCUUGACCAGGAUGAGUAUGGACCUGAAGAACAACUUGCUGGGUUCACUGCGGAUGGCCUGGAAGUCUUUCACCAGAGCUCCAUACCCUGCCUUACAGGCUUCAGAAACAGCAGAAGAAACUGAGGCAGAACCUGAAUCAAGUUCAGAGAAGUUCAGUGACACUAACACAGAAGAGUCUCCUGUGGAAGUUAAAGAAGAGGCUCCCAUCAAUGUGGGAAUGCUGAAUGGAGGCCAGCGCAUUGACUAUGUAUUACAGGAGAAGCCCAUUGAGAGUUUUAAUGAAUAUUUAUUUGCUUUACAAAGCCAUCUAUGCUACUGGGAAUCUGAAGAUACAGUAUUGCUGGUUCUCAAAGAGAUCUACCAAACCCAGGGUAUCUUCCUUGAUCAGCCUUUACAGUAAAAAUGACUCACCUGUGGCUGCUUAAUCUGACAAGACCCUACCCAGGCAAACUACUUGAAGAGAGCUGUCUGCACACAGCAGGGAUUGGUCAGCAGGUGAGGAAGGAGACAGUAGAAGCCGGGGUGUUUCUCAUCCCUCAGACAUGGUGAAGUUAUAAGAAAACCAAGGACCGAAUACUGACUUUGGCAACUUCUAUUUCCCCUUUAACUUACACGUUAAUGACCUGCAGAGCCCUACUGAAGGACAAGCGAUACCCCCCCUCCCCCACACAGGUACAAGUGCUCACGCUUGCCACUUUUGCAAUGGGUUGACAAAAGCCAAACAACAGAGUUUGUUCCUUUGUUUCCCCUUUUGAGACAGGGCCUCUCUACACAGCCCUGGAGCUUACUAUGCAGCCCUUGAACUCAGUGCGCCUGCCUCUGCUUCUGGAGUGCUGGGAUUAAAGGCGUGUGCAACCAUGCCUGGGGAAACAGUCUUUUGGAACAAGGGUUAUACAUAGCAUUUUAGGAGUAGAACAUAAACGCAGC